AUGGAGAGAGAACGUACACCGCCAAUCGCAAAUACAAAGCGAUGUUUGUUUCCAGAGGAUGACUUGAAUUCUCAGGUAUCGUCGGAUAUCUUUCAUGUUGGUUCUGUGGAUUCUCCUUUGAUGAAGGGAACUGAAAGUCACGAUGAUUCCCCGACGACUGUGCAAGCCUAUCCGGUACAUUCUGCGCAGAAUAAUACGUCAAUCAAGUCUAGAAUUGCGAUGGGCGAUCAUGGAGCUGAGGUUCUGGUCGACAUGUCUCUGCUAUCAAUUCACACGCCUGAGAAGGAAGAGACUUUUCGAAGAACCAAUUCCCUUCUCGAUACACGAUCGUCUCCAGCGUUCAGUAAAGACGACUCUUUUGUAUUUCACGUCGUCGAGGAUAGUCCCUUCGGAAAGUGCUAUCACAACUCCAACGGUUCUCCAUUUGGCCUACAGACAUCAAUUGCCUUAUGCCUUGGAGAUGUGGAAGAAGAUUUUCAAGCAGCUGCUUCAGGAUGUAACAGCUGGGGACCUUGGUCAUAUUUCAGCUCGGGUGAGGAAAAAAAUCAAUCACUAACCAGCUCUCCCCCCAAGAAUCGAUUGACAAACAGAGCUUUCAAUCAGGAAGCCAGAAAGAUACGGAUCCAGCACAUUCGACGGGAAUUGAAUCCCUUCCAAAAAUCUCCACAGACGCCGAAACAGUUUGCCAAGGCUCGAUCGUUUUCAGUCACGAAGCAGGCCCUUAAAGAGAAAAAGGAAACGAGAAGAUGUUCGAAGUCUCAAACCAGAAUUGAAUCUUCACCACCCUCCAGAGGUAUAUCCGAUGUCAUCCAACUGUGCACAAUGCCUGAAAACGUGACCGCAAAUUCACCCAUGAUCAUUCGAAAGAACGAGGAUUUUGAGCACGAAGAAAAGAAACUUGAGGUAUUCUAUGAUAGUGAUCCAGAAGAUUUCACCAGAACUAGUCGACGAACUCUUCGAAAAAGAAAUCGAAAAACGGGAGUCUACGAAAGAGGAGAAUUUGAUUCUUCACGUGGGCAUUUCGAGGAUAUCUACAAUGAUGAAGUAAUCUGUACGGUUUCCCAAGAGUUUGUCAAUUCUAACUCGACUUUGAUCUAUCACCGAACAAAUACAACGGGUUCUUCUCAAGUUGUAGUAAAUGCGUGGGUAGAACGGGGACAAGACUUCGGUCAAUCCCUUGUCCAACCAAAGUGGAUGUGGAAGCCGCAAUUGGAAGAGUCGAAAAGUCGUCAAAGUAUGCACCAGGUCAACGCAGUUGAUUUGCUAAGUAUCACGCGCAUUCUGAAGGUUGAUCAAAUAGACCGUUUGCUUUACCCCUUUGCUAAGCCUUCGAGUUGUUUCUUGGUGCGCACUGUUGAUGGAGACGGCUUUCUCUUUGAAGCCGAAUCAGAAAUGGAAAGAGAUCAAAUGAUUUAUUCUAUGAAGAUGGUAAUUGCCCGUUUUGGCGCUAUGGUUCUCAAUCAGGAUGAAGCAAUUCAUGAAGAGUUCUUUGCAACAUCUGAGCCUGUUCCAGGUGCAAUACCAGCAGCCUUGGCUCGCAUAAAUUUCUAA